UAUGGCUUGCAGGUCAUGGAGAAGGUUCUCAAUAUGGCUGAAGGCAUCGAUGUUGGGGAGAUGAGGACGUAUGAGUUGGUCCCUAACAGGAAGCUGAAACGAUGCCGCUCUCCGUCUGACAGUCCAGAGCUGGAAGAGAUUCCCGAGCCGCCCAAAAAGGUGGUCCCCAAGUUCCGGGUGCGCCCACGUUUUGAACCCAUACACUUUGUCACCAGUGCUGAGAAGGGUGACAAGAAGGAAAAUUCUCUGGAUAACCAAAUGCAGGAGGUGAACCAGGAGGCAAAUCCAAACAGCAUAGUGCAGUUGGCUGAGAACUGUACAGAUUCUUUUGCGAGUGCACGAGAGGUGGAUCCCCAGCUCCCCGACUCGGCUGGGCUUGGCUUUGCAGGCCAGGCAGCAGCAGCAGCCAAGAAGGCUGUGGGCGGCAUGGACUCUACCGCAGGCAGCAUGUUGCAGGUCUCUGUCCCUCCCUCAGCUAUCCAGUCGACAUCGGAGACUUUCCCCCCGUCAGCUAUAAUGCUGAAGCAGAGUUUUAUCGAGAAACUGUCAGCAGCUGUCUGGAAAAAUCUUGCUAACCCAGAUGCAAACACUGGGACUGAUAAAAUUAACUUUACGUAUCUUUUGACACGUUCGAUUCAGGCAUGCAAGACAAAUCCUGAAUAUAUUUAUGUUCCUCUGAAAGAAAUCGCCCCUGCUGACCUCCCCAAGAGCAAGAAGCUCCUAACAGAUGGCUUUGCUUGCGAAGUGCGAUGUCAGAACGUCUACCUGGCCACCGGUUACGCUGGCAGCAAAAAUGGAUCCAGGGAUCGAGCGGCGGAGCUGGCAGUCAGGCUGCUGAAGAAGCCGGUGGAAGUCAGAGUUGUUCAGCGGAAGUUCAAGCACACCUAUCACGAAGACUUGGUGGUGUGCGAGGCAGGCGUGAGUCGCCCAGAUUUCCCCCCUGCCCUCAAACCUCACGAGGAGUUUGUCGUUGCCAACAGGGACUGUGUCCCCAUGCAGCCCGGCACCGAGUCCGUGAAAGGUUCCACUAACACCAACAAACACUGGACUAGUUUUGUCCUCACAGAGAAUGCCAGCGACGCAAUUGGAAUACUUAACAAUUCCGCCUCAUAUAACAAAAUGUCUGUUGAAUAUAAAUACGAAUUAAUGCCCAACCGCUUGUGGCGUUGCCAGGUGUAUCUGCAAGAUCACUGCCUAGCCGAGGGAUUUGGCACUAAAAAGACCAGCAAGCACGCAGCGGCUGAGGAGGCGUUGAAGAUUCUGCAGAAGAUGCAGUCAAAUAUAGCAGCCAUCAGAGUGACCCAGGUGCAGAAAGUGGGCUGCUCAUCGCGGGGCUCCGGAAGGAAGAAGGACCUGAAGGACCUUGUGAUCUACGAGAACUCCAGUAACCCAGUGUGUACGCUGAACGACACCGCCCAGUUCAACAAGAUGACGGUGGAGUACGUCUUUGAGAGGAUGACGGGCAUGCGGUGGAAAUGCAAGGUGCUGCUUGAAGAUGAAUUCAUCGCAGAAGCAGUUGGAGUGAAGAAAUCUGUCAAGCAUGAGGCAGCAGAGGAGGCCGUGAAAAUCCUCAAAAAGACUCAGCCAACUGUUGUUAAUAACCUGAAGAAAGGCACCGUGGAAGACGUCAUCUCCCGAAAUGAGAUUCGGGGUCGAUCAGCAGAAGAGGCUUUCAAACAGAAGAUCAAAGAAGACAACAUUGGGAAUCAAAUUUUACGAAAGAUGGGCUGGACGGGCGGUGGCCUAGGGAAAGACGGUGAAGGAAUUCGAGAGCCGAUUUCACAGAAGGAGCAGUUUAAAAGGGAAGGACUUGGGCUUGACGUCGAAAGGGUGAACAAAAUCGCUAAAAGAGACAUCGAAGAGAUCAUUCGAAACUAUGCACGCUCAGAAAGUCACGUUGACUUGACUUUCUCUAGAGAACUGAACAUGGACGAGCGGAAGCAGAUACAUCAGAUUGCCCAAAAAUACGGUCUGAAAAGUAAAUCUCACGGGCAGGGGCACAACAGGUACCUGGUGGUGAGCAGGAAGCGGCGCAAGGAGGAUCUGCUCGACCAGCUGAAGCAGGAAGGCCAGGUUGGGCACUACGAGCUGAUCAUGCCUCAGGCCAACUGA